CAUAAAAACAUUUCCAUUGAAUUUCAAUUCCUUUCCUCCACAGGCUUUAUCCAAAUUAAAACCAUGAACAGUCUCCUCACAAACACCACUACUACUAUCUUCCAUGCCCAGAGCACCCACCAUUUCAAACACUCGAUCCCAACUCUCAAGGCCUCAGUCUCACCCCAGGAAACUAAUGUCACCAGUGCAUCAAGGAGAAAAAUCUUUAUAACAACAUUUCUUGCCACUUCACUGGCGCAAGUUCAACAGUCUCCUCCAGCACUGGCUGAGAAUUGGGGUGUUCGUUCUUUUAUAUGGGAACGUUUCUUUGAACCUGAUUUAUCACCUGAAGAUUCAGUUGCAAGAAUCAGACAGACUGCUGAAGGGUUACAUAGUAUUAGGAAUAUGCUAGAAACCAUGUCUUGGAGGUAUGUCAUAUUCUACAUUAGGCUAAAGCAAUCUUAUCUUUCGAAAGAUUUGAAAAUUGCCAUGUCUACUCUGCCUAAAGGUCGCUGGAAUGAGUAUGUUGAGUUGGCCAACGUCUUGGUUGAAAAUAUGGCGAAGCUUGAUCAAUACGUUCGGUCGCCAAAAGUAUACGAGUCGUAUCUAUACUACGAGAAGACGCUGAAGGCCAUAGAUGAUGUUGUGACAUAUUUGGCAUAAUAUUUGUUGAUAUACACAUUUGUGUUUGAUGCUAGAUUAGCAAAUCCGAAUAUUUAUGUUGGCGCUUUUAUCAAUUACAUUCAGUGUCUAGUCAAAAUUUCAUGCUUGUAAAAAAGAUGAAUUGCCAGUGUUCAGGUCGGAUCAGCUAUGGGCAAUACCUCAGGCUACUGUGCAUAAGGCAGAAGAGAGAAUAAAUUAGCACUGUGAUUAAUUGCA